AUGGGCUUUCAAAGCAGCUGCUGCCGCAGUCCUGUUCUCAGGCACGCGUCCAGUUACGUGAACCAUCUAGUCACAACUGUGGUCAUAUUAGCUUGGGCAUGGAAGGCUGUAACUGGGCUUGCAGCAAACGAAGAUCAAGCUGAUGAGGCCCUACGAGAGCGCCAAUCUGAAAGUAAUGCUCUGCUUUUUGCUGAGCCUCUUCAUGGUGAUGGCAUAACCUUCGUUGCAGCACAACUAAAAGCUGCAUUGUCGUCUGGUACCCCAUCACUGGAUAUGGUAACAAUCGCCGCUGAAGCGGCUUCUUUAAUAUCGUGGAGCGAAUGCUCUCGCUUCUGCAGCGGAGGCACCCAAACGGCAGAUACUGAACGAGCAAUAAAGCUGGCUGUUGAGGGGUUGCGUCGUGUUUUUUCUGAUAGCGGCGAAUGGUCCGAUUCACAUGUCGACGAGGUGGAAAAGAAGGUCACCCAGUUUACAAUGGAUGGUGACGCAGAAACAGGUCAGGCGAAAACUCGCCCUUGUAAUACAUUUAGCUGCCCUUUUGAAGUGCCAACAGAUUUGAAGACUGCAAAUUUGCAGAUUGCGCGGGAGCCGGCAUUGGUGGCUUCCUUCGGAGUUGUUCCUCAAGUAGAAUUUAAUGAAUCGUGCAGGGAACGGCUGAUGCUGGACCGCAUCGAUCAAGAGAUCUGGACUGCCAGGCGGGCGGACCACUUGCAUUAUCGAAAGAUGCAAGACCGGGAAGGGAACGGUCAAGGCUGGGAAGCCACUGUCCUUGCCCCAGAGCAGCUCAACCUGUACAGUUGUGUUACUUUGUGCCGAUUACACCACAAGUGCAGUGCACUGAUAUACGCUGAGGAUAUUGUUCCUAUGCAGUCGGAGGAGGGUGAAAGCGCUAACGAAGACCUUGAAGGGGACGCCCUGAAUGUGUUAGAAAGCAUCAUAGGGAGUGCAGGUUCUGCAGUGAAGAGUCUUGAUGAAAAUUUGGCGGAACUGUCUACUGUGGAUUCGAACUCGCUGAGACUGAAUUCGCAGAACGGAAAUCCGGUAUGCACAUUGUACACAGGUGUGAGGGUGUCACGCAUUGCAGAAUGUGGGACUGAGCCGACGAAACGGGCGGGGAGGGACACGCUGACUCUGCUCGUGACGAAUCUAGACAUAGCUUUUGCAGACGUUGCUCGUGUAAUGCUGGCUUCAAUGGCGCAAGAGCUUGACAGAGUGAAGAAUGUGCUGAAUGAUGCUCGCCUCUUAGUCAACCAGACAAGCAUAAGAAACUGGAAGCCUGCUAACGUCCAGCAAAGGGCGGAGCGGCUAGUGGGACGACUAAUAAAGGCCAGGAACAGCGCUCAGUUGGUCAGUCAUAUUAUCCCUGAGGCUGUCAGAGUGAUGGAGGACGCAGCAGUUGCUGCUGCCCAUGCUCUACGUGCCUCGCAAUCAGAGGGAGACUUCGCAGUCCAGAUUUCUCGUGUUGUUGGUGACGAAGACAAGAGUUCGUCGAAGCCAAAAGACGGCUUGCGGCAAGCCUUUUACUCACUAGCCCCUCAAAGCCCUUCUUGCCCAGUCUUCUCCGGCGUAGAGCUGCUGAACCGUGGGUGCGUGCAGCUCCCCGCCUUGCAGACGCACGGAUCAGGGCUGGGGUCAGCUUCAUCUCUGGAUGCAACCGAAAGACAGCAUAUUUCGGGGGAAGCCAGUUUGAUGACAUGGCAAAAAUGCCAAGAUGUGCUGAACGAUGUUUUGCAGCUCGUGAACAAGUACCGCAAGGCGGUUUCUCAGAUAAAAGAGUCGGGGGAAGAUGCCACAAAUGCGGAAAAGGAAGCUAAUCGAUUACUGACACUUGUACUGGGUUUAAGCGCAGAGGAGAGGGCAAAGCUCUCCUCACCUGACAUUUCUGACCGUCUUAAGGCGGAGACAGGUCUCAUGAACAAGGACUUUGCCCAGUUUCUCGAUGAUAAGGACGCCAUCGAACUUCGAAGGGAGGUUGUACAACGUCUGGGUGAAGGGACCGGCACUCUCUUUUCUGUAUAUAACAUGGCUAAGCAAGUUUGUGAGAUAAGAGCUGUUUUUGAGCCACGCCAUGCGGAGGCUGGCGACACAUUAGGCGCCCAGUUUCCUUCUGCAUGUGCUUCAUUCAGCCCCUUCUCGUUGGUGUUCCUGCCCUCUAAAAGUAGUGGCUCUGGAAGCACUAGCUUAGAACUGGGGGAGCUCAAAAGCGAAGUAGGCACGUGUGAAGACACAACGUGCAAGUACUCUCCGUGGACUUCGUGGUCACCGUGCGAUGACAGUUAUCAGCUGGAGGCCGACACGUCAGACGAAGGGAGGAACAAUUUGCAGCUUGAAAUGGACGGUGUAGGCCGGCAUACGCCAGCAAUGUGGCAAGUUCGCGUCAAGGAGACGCUGAUGCGCCCCAAUGUGACGACGCGGUGUGAUGCUAUUAUUGAGACUCGGCUCUGCAAGGAUCGAGUAACAGCCGAGUCUGAAGCUUCAGGACUGAUGACCAGAUGUGACAAAACUUCACUGGAAGUGCAAAACGUCUGUGAGGCUGUUCCCAAGUGUUCGAGCGAGAAUGUUGAGGAUGACAGAAUUGAUGCAGUAGGUGGCCACUUGGGGCUUGACAGAGAGAGUCAAACGGUUUCCUCUGCCAUUCACCUGCAUUCCCACGCAACCAUGAUGGAUACUGAGGCUCUGGCAAGCGGGCGGAUGCUUUUCAGUUCAUUAACUAAGAUGCCCCGCCCGAGUAUUUCUUUGGGCACUGGUCCUGUAAAGUACAUGGAGGAAGCGCAGCAAGAGUCAGGUGACAACUCACACGCACUGCCGCUUGGAGAUGUUCCAGAGCGUUUUGUGACUGAACACUACGCUGAAGAUCUUUCGGCAUAUGGAACAAUCGGACAGCACUUGGAUAAGCCUGCUGUGGACUCACUCACAGAAAACGAACCACUGAGCACCGCCGAAGACUCGACAGUUGCUGUGGAGGAGGGCAGUCAGAACCCUGAGAGUGGGCUAUCACCUGCUGUCGCAGCCUCGACUGACGAUGGAGGCACUUCAAACUCUGCAUUUGAAGGUUCUACUUCUAUGGCUUCUUAUGCCGAGUAUGGAGAUACACAGGCACUGAAGGUCGAAGGGGAUUCUGCUGCGGCACCUUCCACCGAGGACGACAAUACACACGCUCUGUCUGGGGGGACACAACCUCUGGGAGAACCCGUGACUAUCCCUUACGAUUCGCCCUUCAUUGAGGACACAAAGAACCAUGUACAUGAGGGAACUGCCUUGGUGCCUCCUUCUGAGAAAGGGGCUAAUGGGUCGAUUGAGUUGGCAGGCACGCAAGACGAACCGGUGGCAGCCCCCCAUGACUCACAUCUGAGUGAGAACACGUCCAUUACUUUACCUGGGACCAAUAACAACUUUUCAGGGGAAUCAGAGAAUGCUUCAGCCAACAGCAAACCGGCUUUGGAGGGACGCGUGGAAACUACUCAGCAGGCGUCUGAGGGUGAUACAGCAGCUCCAGAAUCUUUUUUCCUUGGGCUCUCUUGUUUCAGCUUUGUUGGCUGCUGUCUAUUUGGGGCUCUCGCCUCCACUGUACUUGUGCUAAUCACAGUCGUAUGCAGUAGAAGGAUUCGGUCCUGGCUAGGGUACGACUGGUCGGGGGCGACAGACGAAGAGCGCCUGGCACUCCUGAAGAAUACGGCUGACUCUUCUCGUGGCGCGACUAUACCUCUUGUGAAUCCCGAUGGUAUCAAUGUGUUGAGGCCUGACGGGGCUCCUUUGGUAGUAUCUCCUUGCCUAAAUCGCUCGGGUGGGCAGUAUGUGACUCCAGAUGGAUCGAAGAUUUUCACCACAGUUGAAGGCGAUUUUGUCAACAGCUGGGGAGAGCGGGUUCAAGCCAGCGAGCUCCCAAAAGAACUCAUCGCGACGGUAGGUCCAGCUCAGCCAAAGGAAUCCGUUCCGUCGCAACCGUUUGCAGAAACUGUUAAAGGGAAAGGGGCACCGAAUGGAAUAUCAGCUAGGAGCGCUGGGCCUCCCAAACUGUUCGGCGAGCAACAACCGGCGGCGACGGCACAAAGCAAGGCGAUGCCGUUUGUUGCUCCUCCAGCCAAAAUGGUUCCGGAACCUAAACAGGUACCGGGGGUCCCUGGGACCUCCGCUAUGAAUUAUGCGAAUGCAAAAAUGCCAGGAUUGCCUACACCAAAGGCUCCAGGCACUGGAUAA